AUGGCGGGGUUUGGGUUUUCCAUGCCCGACUUUGCAGCCGGAUUGAGCAGCUUGAAUGACAUCGGGGAGCGCUUCUCCAAGAUCCGGGAGGACAUCGAGUCCACUCUGGACGCCACCCUGCGAGGGGAGGUGCAAGACGACUCCGCGGCAUUCGAUGAGCCGGAGCAAGAACUGGAUGACAACGAUGAUCGCUCGCAGGAGGAAGAGUCCACCCAGCCGAAUGGCGAGCCCAGCCCGGCAGCAGCCCUGGACCGGGACGAUAGCAAGGACGCCACUGCUGCUGAAGACCUCCCCACGGGACCUCCUGCCGCCGAGCUGGCGUUGCUGAGGGAGACCCUGCGCGUUCGGGAGCAGCAAGCGGAGCAGGCGGCCAUUCAGAUGGCGCACAUGGCCAGCGUGGUUGAGCAGCUGACUCAGCGGAAUGAGGAGCUGGCGCUCAAGGCCGCGGCAGUCUCGCAGCAGGACGUGGAAGAGCUGGAGAGGGAUUUCUCGGCGCGCCUGGCCGCGGCAGAGAGGAAGGCCUACGCCCUCACCAAGGAGCGGGACAUGCUGCGCCGCAGCUGUGAGCAGACCACCGCCCUGCAGGACAAGCUCAAGGAGAAGGACGAGAUGAUCCAGGAGGUCAUGGCUGAAGGCGAGAAGCUGAGCAAGAAGCAGCUGGCCCAGGAGACCACGCUGCGUAAGCUGCGCCAGCAGAACCGCGAGCUGAGCGGCCAGGUGGAGGACCUGGGCGCCAGGCUGGGCACCGCGCAGCAGGCCGCCUCCGAGGCCGGGGCCAGGGUGGAAAGCGCGCUCGCCGAGCUGGCGGCGCAGCGGGAGCAGCACGCCGCCCAGCUGGCGGCGGACCGCGCCACGCACGCCCAGGCGCUGCAGGAGGCCCACGCAGCCCAGGCGGCAGCGGAGCAAAGGGCGGCCGACGCCGCGAGGACCGGGGCGGUGCAGCAGCUGCGGGGCAGCGAGACCCGUGCGGCCGCCCUGGAGAAGAGCCUGGCGGAGCUUAGGGCCGAGGCCGAGGCCCAGCGCAUGCGGUGGGAGGAGCGCGAGGAGCUGCUGAGCGGCGAGGUCACCGCCCUGCAGCGGCGCUGCGCCGUGGCCGAGGCGCGGUCGGCGGACGUCGAGGCGUCGCUGCCCUCCGCCACCCGCCCCCUGCUCCACCAGCUGGAGGCCAUGCAGGCGGCGGCGGUCUCGCAGGCCGAGGCCUGGGCGGCAGCCGAGCGCGAGGCGGUGGCGCGCCUGGAGGCGGCGCUGCAGGCUGGCAGGCGCGAGAAGGACGAGCGGAUCGAGGAGCUGGUUGCCGACCUGUCGGACGCACGCGCGCUGUACCGCCAGCAGAUCGAGUUCAUGGCCGACCGGCUCGCGGAGCUGCAGCUCAAGCAGCGGCAGUGA